AUGAACGCGCUCAAGAAGCUCGGAAGCUGGCUUGCGCCGCCCCCGCAGAAAGCGGAUGAUGGACGUGAUCAAUGGCCUUCACGCAUGAGCUUCAUUCUAGCUUCAUGCGGAGGGGCUAUUGGCAUGGGAAACCUCCUACGCUAUCCUUCUCAAGUCUACAACAAUCUCGGCCUACAAUGGUUCGUGCCGUACCUGAUGUCAAUUGUCCUCUUGGCCAUACCAGCACUCGCCCUGGAAAUCGCCGCGGGCAACGCAUACCGCGGCGGUACUGUCGUCGCUUACAACAACAUAAGCUCGAGAAUGAAGGGCACGGGCUUGGCUUUGAACUAUGUUGGCUUCGUCGUUGUCACAUAUUUCGUCCCCAUUUUGUGCUGGAUCAUGGUCUAUUUCCGCGCCUCGUUUCAGAGUCCCUUGCCUUGGACUGGCCGUGGCCAGGAAUUCUACAUGCGCGACGCCGUCGGUGCGGUCGAUCCUGUCCCCGGAUCCUUCACGGAUAGCGGCGCCGUGGAGUCCUACACCUCAUAUCCGGGCACCAGCCUCAUCGGCGAAUUGGUCGGCUGGGAUGUUUUCACCUGGUUCGUCAUAUGGCUUUGCAUGUUCCGCGGUGUCGGACUGACAGGCCGUGUCGUCUACUUCACCAUGGGCCUGCCGGUCAUCAUGACCAUCAUCCUCAUUGGGCGUUCUGUGUCUCUUGAGAACGCUGGCGCGGGUAUCAAACUCUACUUCGCAACCUGGUACGGCAGCAAACUUGCCGAUGGCAAGAUUUGGCAGGAUGCUGUCGGUCAGGUCUUCUUCAGCACUGGCGUUGGAUUCGGUUACUACACCGCCUACGCAUCGUAUAAUGCCCGAUUCUCCAACGCGGCCCAGGAUGCCGUCAUCAUCGUCUGCAGCAAUUGCUUAUUCGAAGCAAUUGCGGCCUUUGCCGUAUUUGGCAUCGUCGGCUUCCUGCGCCUGUGGCCUUCUGAGACGGGCCAGAUCGGAAGUUUCAGCGUCGGGUUCGUCACCUACCCAGAGGCCAUCACACAGAUGCCCGGCGCCAACUUCUGGGCUGUCUUAUUUUUCUUCACCCUUAUGCUUCUCGGCGUCAGCUCUUCGUUCGCCAUGCUCGACGCCGUCGUAACGCUAGUCAUGGACUCCGAACUCGGGCGCAAGGUCAGCCGACCGAUCGUGGCUACCACACUAGUCGUUCUAUCCUUCCUGCUCUCACUCCCAUACUGCACGGAAUUCGGGUAUUAUUAUCUCGAUGGCGUUGAUCGGUACAUCAACAACGUCGCGCUCGUCUUUGUCGUGUGGGCCGAAUGUGUCGCUGCAACCACCGUCUACCGCUACAAAGAUGCUGUCGGCCAGGUUGGCUUCACCUCAUUUCUGGUCUAUAAUAUCGGAUAUUUCAGCGCGCAAGUCGCCGGCGUCGCGGUUGGACACAGCGUCAGGCCUGCUGCAGGCGCGGGCGUUGGUUUCGGCUUGUUCAUAGCUGGGCUGAUUGUCUCGCUCACUCUCGCAAAAACGCCAGAUUCGCUCGGUGCGCCGUCCUUUUGGCAAAAGAGCAUGCUACUGAAGAAGGUAUAUUACCUUGCAUUUUAUUCAGGCAACCAACUCCGGUGUGACCUGAAUCUGAUUAUUGGGCUGGGCAAAAACUGGAAGCUCCCCUUCUUCUGGGCGCCUCUGCUGCGAUACGUUACCGGCCCGGUGUUAGCCAUCGUGUUCAGCUUCGCGUACCCGGGUUUUCAGACGGUCAAGAACGACCCAAUGUAUAUCUUCGGCUUCAUCGUCGCACAUUUCUUGCUGCUGUGCAUCGCGCUCGGAUUCAUUGUGCCCAAGUGGUUUGAUGUGUUUAUCCCGAGGGAAAGGAGGAUUGAGGGAGAGUUGCCUUCCGCGCCGGAUGUGACAAGAGGCAGCACGGAGGCGGAGAGUGAUCAUGCGAUGGAAAGCGGUGAGGGUGCACCGUCAGGCGAGAAGAUUGAAGAGCCCGGCGCAAAAGCAACCUGA